AUGGUCCACAAUACAAGUACUGUUCCUGCUGGAGGCUAUUCUCAGAAUAAACGGCCGUAUCCUCCUCCUGCUCCUCCUCUUCCUCCUCCUCCAAAACGCAAUUCCUUUUAUGAUCACUUCAACAAAAGAAGCAUCCAAGACCCAAAUAAAAACUGGAAUAGUCAGCCAUAUUCAGCAGAGUCCCAGAUUCCUCCUAAUCGUGCAGCAACCCCCAAGCCGAAUCCUGGAAUCUUCAGCCCUUCAAGACCAUGUACACCGAUUACUGAAGGAAAAAGCGAAAGUAGGAAGCGGGUAACGCAUAGCCGUUUAAUUGCUUAA